CUAAGGGAAAUAGGAAUCAAAGGAGUAAGGAAAGAUGAGGACUACAGUGAAGGAAUCAACAAUGGUAAAACCAUUGAAAAAAACACCGAGUGGAAGUGUGUGGCUCUCCAAUUUAGACCUAGUUUUCUCCGAUACCUACCAUAGUCGGGUGGUCUACUUCUACCGCCCCGACCGCGGCCCCGGCUUCUUCGACACCGCUACGCUCAAGGAAGCUCUGAGCCAGGCCCUUGUUGAGUUCUACCCGUAUGCAGGCAGGCUGAGAAGAGACGACAACGGCCGUAUUGAGAUCAACUGCAACGAUGAGGGGGUCUCUUUCGUGGAGGCAGAAUGCGACGUCACCAUCGAUGACUUGGGUGAUUUCGCCGUCCCCAAGCCCCACCUCGGCCUCACCCCCACCGUCGAUUACUCGAAAGGAAUUUCCACUUUUCCGCUUCUUCUGCUUAAGUUAACUCGGUUCAAAUGCGGCGGAGCGAGCAUAGGUUUGGCCAACGAGCAUCACACGUCGGACGGGAUUUCGGCAAACAAUUUGAUGCGGACGUGGUCGGAAAUCGCUCGCGGCCUAACCACCGUCCCUACUGUUUCCUUGGACCGGCGCGUCCUCUCGGCGCGCGAGCCCCCGCAGCCCAAGUUCCGCCACAUCGAGCACCACCCCCCUCCGUCGCUCAAAGCCCCUCUCGACGGCGCCGCCGGUGACCCAAAAUUCUCCACUUUCAAGCUCAGCCGCGACUUCAUCAACGGGCUCAAGAAAAAAUGCAACGAGAGCAGCGGCGGCGUGAAUUACACCAUGUACGAGGUAGUGGCAGGCCACGUGUGGCGCUGCGUGAGCAUCGCCCGCAGCCUGCCGCUGGAUCAGGAGACGAAGCUGCAGUUUCCGGUGGAUGCGCGGCAGAGGUUGCGGCCCCCUCUCCCGGCUGGCUAUUUCGGAAACGGGAUCUUUUACAGUGGCGCAUUUGCUUUGGUUGGGGAUCUGGUGUCGAAGCCGUUGAGGUUCGCGGUGGAGAUAGUGCACGAGGCUAUUGCUCGAAUGGACGACGAAUACAUGAGGUCUGCUUUGGAUUACUUGGAGUUGCAUAUGCGGAAUGUGGAAGGCAUUGUUCGAAGCCAAAACAAUGUGAAAUGCCCCAAUUUCGGGGUGACGAGCUGGGUAAGGCUGCCAGUUCACAAGGCGGAAUUCGGGUUGGGGAAGCCUGUUUUUGUGGGUCCCGGCGGUGCUCUCUCGGAAGGAAAGAGUUUUCUGUAUCCUGAUCAGGAAAAUGAGGAGAUCUUGUUGCUUGCAAUCACGCUGCACGAACAACAUAUGGAACGAUUUCAGAAGUUGCUAUACGACAAAGAUUCAUGCAUCUUGCCGGAAAUUUAACCUUUUGGUUGUGUGUGUGUGUGAGAGAGAGAAAGUGUGUGUGUGUGUGAGAGAGUGUGGUGUGUUUUCAAUAAUUGCAUGUAAUGUGCAUUCAGUGAUUAUAUUGUAUGUGUGUGUGUUAAAUGAGCGUGUCUGUGUUCUUCAGAUUCGAUUUCGAAGAAUUUAAUUUCAAUUAUGUGU